UGUGGAAGACACAGCGAGAGGAGGACAGAGCGUGACGGGGAGAGAGAGCGAGCGAGAGAGAGAGAGAGAGAGAGAGAGAGGAGAGAGGCGAGAGAGAGAGAGAGGAGAGGCGGAGUAGAAAAGUUACAAUUUAAAGACAAUUGGCUUCACUGUUAUUCCAAGACUAGCAUUGCAACCAUGGGGCUGGGAAAAGGGAAAGAUGAGUACAAGCUGGCGGCGACCUCGGAGAAUGGACACCAGAAAGGCAAGAAGAGAAAAGAUAAGAAGGAUAUGGACGAACUCAAGAAAGAGGUGGACCUGGAUGACCAUAAGUUAACGAUGGAUGAGCUCCACAGGAAGUAUGGGACAGAUCUAAGCAGGGGUUUGUCCUCCUCCAGGGCGAAGGAGAUCCUGGCACGUGACGGCCCCAACGCGCUGACGCCUCCACCAACCACGCCUGAAUGGGUCAAGUUCUGCAGACAGCUGUUUGGUGGUUUUUCUAUGCUACUGUGGAUUGGAGCCAUUCUCUGCUUCUUGGCUUACGGUAUCCAGGCUGCCUCAGAAGAUGAACCAGCCAAUGAUAACCUGUAUCUGGGCGUUGUGCUUUCAGGCGUUGUCAUCAUCACCGGUUGUUUCUCCUAUUACCAAGAAGCAAAGAGCUCCAAGAUCAUGGACUCCUUCAAGAAUCUGGUCCCACAGCAAGCCCUGGUCAUCCGUGAUGGCGAGAAGAAGAGCAUCAACGCUGAGGAGGUAGUUGCUGGAGAUCUGGUGGAGGUGAAAGGAGGAGACAGGAUCCCUGCUGACCUGCGUAUCAUCUCUGCCCAUGGCUGCAAGGUGGACAACUCCUCCUUGACCGGUGAAUCAGAGCCCCAGACUCGUACUCCGGACUUCUCCAAUGAUAACCCACUGGAGACCAGGAACAUUGCCUUCUUCUCCACCAACUGUGUUGAAGGUACGGCUAGAGGAGUCGUUAUCAACACUGGAGACCGCACUGUCAUGGGUCGUAUCGCCACUCUGGCCUCCAGUCUGGAAGGUGGCAAAACUCCCAUUGCUGUUGAGAUCGAGCACUUCAUUCACAUCAUCACUGGUGUGGCCGUCUUCCUUGGCGUGUCCUUCUUUAUCCUCUCCUUGAUCCUUGGGUAUGGCUGGCUGGAGGCCGUCAUCUUCCUUAUUGGAAUCAUUGUCGCAAAUGUGCCCGAGGGUCUGCUGGCUACCGUCACCGUGUGUCUGACCCUGACUGCCAAGCGUAUGGCCAAGAAAAACUGCCUGGUGAAGAACCUGGAAGCUGUGGAGACCCUGGGCUCCACCUCCACCAUCUGCUCGGACAAAACUGGCACCCUGACCCAGAACAGGAUGACUGUGGCCCACAUGUGGUUCGACAACCAGAUCCACGAGGCCGACACCACCGAAAACCAGAGCGGGACCUCCUUCGACAGGAGCUCUGCCACCUGGUCUGCCUUGGCCAGAGUUGCUGGGCUCUGCAACCGUGCUGUCUUCCUGGCAGAACAGAACAACGUUCCCAUCCUCAAGAGAGAUGUAGCCGGCGAUGCCUCAGAAUCUGCCCUGCUGAAGUGUAUUGAGCUGUGCUGUGGCUCUGUCAAGGAGAUGAGAGAGAAGUACCACAAGGUCGCAGAGAUCCCAUUCAACUCCACAAAUAAAUACCAGCUCUCAAUUCACAAGAACAGUACGCCUGGAGAGUCCAAGCACCUGCUGGUGAUGAAGGGUGCCCCAGAGAGGAUCUUGGACCGUUGCUCCACCAUCAUGAUCCAGGGCAAGGAGCAGCCUCUGGAUGACGAGAUGAAAGACGCCUUCCAGAAUGCAUAUGUUGAGUUGGGAGGGCUUGGAGAAAGAGUACUCGGUUUCUGCCACUAUAACCUCCCCGAUGACCAGUUUACAGAUGGCUUUUCCUUUGACACCGAGGAAGUGAAUUUCCCUACUGAGAAGCUGUGCUUUGUUGGCCUCAUGUCCAUGAUCGACCCUCCCCGUGCUGCUGUGCCCGAUGCUGUGGGCAAAUGCAGGAGUGCUGGAAUCAAGGUUAUCAUGGUAACAGGUGACCAUCCUAUCACAGCCAAAGCCAUUGCUAAGGGUGUUGGCAUCAUCUCCGAAGGCAACGAGACAGUGGAGGACAUCGCUGCACGACUGAAUGUUCCUGUGUCAGAGGUCAAUCCAAGGGAUGCCAAGGCUUGUGUUGUUCAUGGCGGCGAGCUGAAAGAGAUGACUGCGGAGCACCUUGAUGAUAUCCUAAUGCACCACACUGAGAUUGUCUUUGCCAGAACCUCCCCUCAGCAGAAACUUAUCAUUGUGGAAGGUUGCCAGAGACAGGGUGCCAUUGUCGCUGUGACAGGCGACGGUGUGAACGACUCGCCAGCUCUGAAGAAGGCUGACAUUGGCGUUGCCAUGGGAAUCGCUGGAUCAGAUGUCUCCAAGCAGGCCGCCGACAUGAUCCUGCUGGAUGACAACUUUGCCUCCAUCGUCACUGGUGUGGAAGAGGGCCGACUGAUCUUUGACAACUUGAAGAAGUCCAUCGCCUACACCCUGACCAGUAAUAUUCCUGAAAUCUCACCCUUCCUCCUCUUCAUCAUUGCUAACAUUCCCCUGCCCCUGGGAACUGUCACCAUCCUCUGUAUCGACCUGGGAACUGACAUGGUUCCUGCUAUCUCCCUGGCUUAUGAAGCAGCUGAAAGCGACAUCAUGAAGAGGCAGCCCAGAAACCCCAAAACAGACAAACUGGUCAACGAAAGGCUCAUCAGUAUAGCUUACGGACAAAUCGGUAUGAUGCAGGCCACAGCAGGGUUCUUUGCAUACUUUGUAAUCUUGGCUGAAAAUGGUUUUCUACCCAUGGACCUGCUGGGGCUCCGAGUACACUGGGAUGACAAAUACAUGAACGAUCUGGAGGACAGUUAUGGACAGCAAUGGACAUACGAGCGCAGAAAGAUUGUCGAGUUCACCUGCCACACAUCGUUCUUCGUCAGCAUUGUCAUCGUCCAGUGGGCUGAUCUGAUUAUCUGCAAGACCAGGAGAAACUCUAUCCUGCAGCAAGGAAUGAAGAACCGUAUCCUAAUCUUUGGACUGUUUGAGGAGACGGCACUGGCUGCCUUCCUCUCCUACUGCCCUGGCAUGGACGUCGCCCUUAGAAUGUACCCCCUCAAGCCAUGCUGGUGGUUCUGUGCCUUCCCCUACUCCCUCCUCAUCUUCCUGUAUGAUGAGGCCCGAAGAUACAUCCUCAGACGCAACCCUGGCGGUUGGGUGGAACAGGAGACGUACUACUGAGUCACCACGACCACCGCGGCGCCACAGAAGGCAUGUCCAUAUUUUGUCUUUAUCUUUCUGCCAUGUUACAUAUCUGUCCAAGUUGUUAGUCACAGAAAAGAUUAAAAAAACAUACAACAAAAAACAAAGUUCGGAUUUAUUAAGGACAUCUUUGUUAGGAAAUUGUCAUUCACAAUAAAGUUUAUCCGCGCCAUUGUA